CUAAUAGGGGGUUUACAGUGGGUUUCAAAAGUCCGUCGACCAUUUUAAGAUCUUGAUGGAAGUUCACUUUUUGGGCACAGGUCCGUCCACGGGUCUUCCGUCUAUCCGAUGCCUGCUCAGUGAUCAGCUGUGCACCGUGUGUCGCGAUGCGCACACGAACGCGGCCUCCAAGAACCACCGGAACAACCCGAGCCUGCUCGUGCGGUACAACGACCGCAACGUCCUCAUCGACUGCGGCAAAACCUUUCGCGACAGCGUCCUUCGCGUGUUUCCCGCCCACAACAUCAACCACAUCGAUGCUGUGCUGCUGACGCACGGCCAUGCCGACGCGUGCCUUGGCCUCGACGACCUGCGCGAGCUCCAGGUGCUGCAAACCACGCGGUGCGAAGAAACGGGCGAGCUGAAGAAGAUCGCGACGACGCCGCUCUUGUUGCACUGCCACGCACGCACCAAGGACGAGGUGCUGCCCAAGUUUGAGUACCUCAUGGACAAGCCGCUGCCACCGGGUGCCACGUAUCGGUGGACUGCCAAGCUGGACUGGGCAUUGUUCGAAGACCUCGACACGUUCACUGCCGCCGGCGUCACGUUCAAGGCGCUGCCGGUGCUGCAUGGAAAAGGGUACAUCUGCAACGGAUUUGAGUUCGGGGGCGACGUCGGCGCGCGGUUCGUGUACUUGUCAGACUUGACGGACGUGCCCGACGCCACCGUGGUCGCGCUGACCAACCAAAGUCCCAUCGAUGUCCUCGUCAUCGACGCCUUGUACUUGGAAGACGUCCAUGGCACGCACAUGAAUUACCGCCAAGCGAUGGACGUGGCCAAGUUGCUACGCCCCAAGAAGACGUACCUGAUUGGCAUGGGCGACGACUUCGACUACGACCAGACCAACUCUGUGAUUCGGACCGAAAUGCUGCAAAGUCAUGGCUUGGACGUUGAAAUGUCGUACGACGGACUGCUCGUUCAUCUCGGAUGAGUAGACAUAGAGUUUGAAGAUGGUUUAACCGUUUUGAGUAGAGUCAAAUAUAAGGUCGAUGCACAAGUUUUACUCUGAACCGAGUACCUCAGAGUACAUGGUCAAGGUUUGUAGCUAACAGAACGUACUACGUUGAGAACGCGG